AUGCAUUUUUUGAGGGCUGUGAGUCCUUUUGUGGUCAUGACUGUAUUUCUGUCACUGGCUGAAACCAAGUUCUACAGACCAUUCCAGUUUAACCAGUAUAAAGCUGGGCUUAGUCAACACCAUGACCAAGGAAAACCCACCAGCAGGCACAAGAACCACUGUGCCUAUGUAACUGAAAAGACGGUGUCCUUCACCAUGCAGGAUGGGGCAGCCCCAUAUGUAAAAGCUGAGUACAACAAAUGUUCCUGGGGUCAGAAAUGUCCAACUCUCCUGUAUCGUCUGCUGUACAAACCACUCUACAAGGUGGCACAUAAAACUGUGACAGAGCUGGAGUGGCGCUGUUGUCCGGGGUACUCUGGUUAUGGCUGUAUGGAGGGACAUCCAGUUUAUCAACACCCCAUGAAAAUGAUGCCACCUUUCAAGGGCCCGCCAAUGAAAGGUCCACAGUUUAAGGGCCCACAGUACAAAGGUCCCAUGUUCAAGGGUCCCAUGUUCAAGGGCCCACCCAUAAACAAUGUCAAGGCCAAUCCAUGGAGUCAAUCCAAAGGUCCUCCCACUAGCAAUUUUAACUCUUACCCAAUACGCCACUUUGGGCCACCAAGGUCAUCCUCCUAUCCAGACACCUCCUUCGAGCCAUUUCCGUCUGAGCCAGAGCCACUGCCAGAGCACCAGGAACCACAUUCCACAGAGCAUGACCAAGAACAUGAGCAUGAACAUGAGCAUGGCCAAGGACCUGAAGAACAUGAGGAAAUUCCUCUGCCUCCCUCUGCUGGUGAACAGCCUGAGGGCCAGGUUCUAGACAGUGAGACAGAGGAACGAAUAUAUAGAAUGGAAGAGGAUGUACAACGUCUAAACCAGGGUCUGGAGACCCUGAGGGGAACUGUAAAUGGACUAGAAGAUAGUCUACGAGCCUCACUGAGAGAGGAUGCCAAUAGGAUGCUGUCAGCUCUGCUCUCUGCUGCCCCCGGUCCAGUUCCAGCUCCCGCUGUAGCCUCCAGUCCAUCCACUGUAGGGUUUGUAGAGAUUCCUGGGGGAGAUCCUGAGACAGACAGGCUAGAUGGCAAACAUGUGUUUCCAGGCAUUACAGAACUAAAUGGAAGGGUAGAGGAGCUCAGGACAGAGCUGCAAACCAAGACAGCAGAGCUGCAGGAACUUAAAGCUACAGUGAUGGGACAUGAUGGAGCACUGAAGAAGAUGUCAAAUAGAGCGGGAGUGGUAUCAUUCUCCACUGGCAAUCUUGAGGGAAAUACCCAGAGAGAUAUGGAGAAAUUAAUGGAUGACAAGCUGAGUGUAGCCAGAACAGAAAUUCUUGAUGGGUUUGAGAAGCGUGUGGAGAGUGCAGAGGAUCGAUGCCAGGAGAAAGCUGGGGAUGUGCGUCGUCAGUGCCAGAGGGAGCAAGGUAAGGCGCAAGAGCAGAUGGAAGACACUCUGGAGGAAAGUACCACAGACUUGAGAACAGAGCUGAGAAACCUUCAUGCACAGAUACAUGGUUUAAAAGCUACCGAAAGCUGCUGUGGUAGAGUGAGUGGAUUGGUUGAAAGGGUGCAGCUGCUGGAAGCAUCAGUGGCAGGCCUCAACCAGUCCCAGGGGCACCUGAGAGUGGAGCUGGGUGGACACAAGGACCACAUUGAGGGAAUGUUGGAGGGGCGUCUGGGGUAUGUAGAGGCCAAGCUCAACCUGACUGGACUGAUUAAAAGUGACGAGUCUGGAAGGAGGACUGGUAUCCCAGACAAAGCUGAGACAGGACAGGGUCUGGAGGCCAGAAUGGAAGGUAAGCUGAGGGCUCUCGAAGGCCGUUUACUGACAGCUUUGGAGGAGCUGGGUAAUGCCACUGCACCCACACUGCUGGAGGGUCAUGCUGUUCCCACUCUGGAGACAGAGCUGGAGUCCCUCCGAGGGAGACUAGAGGUGGAUGUGAACAGAGUGCAGACGCACCUGAACAGCCUUGAGAUUCUCUGCUCCUCUUCCUGUUCUUCGCCUCAAAACCCAUCUGCCAUCCAGGGAGACUCCGCUGCUAACCUGGCAGAGGAGCAGAAUGUGAAGGAGGUACUAGACAUGCAAGAUGACCGUUUAAAUAGCCUCAAUGUGACACUGCAACACAUCCUGAGACAUCUGACCCCCAGGGACCAGCAGGAAGAUUAUCCAAUCCAGGGAGAGCUCACAAUACUCAAAUUUAAUGUCCGUUCAGUAAACCACACCCUGAGAGGCCUCCAGGAUUCCCUGGGUACAGUGGCCCACCAGAUGGGUCAAGCCAACAGCUCCUGGCAUGAGAGAGAGGCUCGUUUGGCCCAACAGAUAAAAGGUGUGGUCCAACUGGUUGGACAUCAGGCUUCCAUGCUUGGGGCAGGCGAGCGCAGAUUGACCCGACUUAAGGGUGAACUGCAGGAGAUGAAGAGGCGGUUAGCUCAAGAGGUCCAGGGCUGCCGGAGCACAGCUAUGGGCGUCCAGAAACAGGUAACAGAGGUUGGAGGGCGUGUUGCCAGUGUGGAGGGCCAGUGCAAGGGCCUAAAUUACUUGGCAGAAGACCUGGAGAGAAUCAGGGAGGAGUUGGAGGGACAAUCAAAUGGGCUUCUCCUGCAAGUCAAUGGGACUCUUUCCAGCCAUGCUCAGCAGCUGUCUGAGCUGAGAGGCGAGCUCAGGAAUUGCACCUCCAAGGUAGAGCCAACUCAACAGAGUUUAGAGCUGGAAGCAGAGCUGAGACGAGGGGACACCUUCACUUUGAAUUAG